AUGUUCCGCUUCAUUGCCAUCUGUGCUCUGGCCACCAUUGCCGCUGCUGCUCCUGGAUUCAUUGAGGAGCACCACGUGGCGGUGGCUCCCGUUGUGGCCAAGGUGGGUGCUGUGGUGCACAGUGCUCCGGUGGCCACUUCCCACCAGAGCUUCACCCAGUUCCACAACCAGGCGGUGCUCACUCCGGUGGUCAAGCAUGUGGUUCCCGCUGUUCCCGUCAUCAAGACUGUGGCUCCGGUGGUGCCGGUGGUCAAGACUGUGGUUCCCGCUGUUCCUGUGGUCAAGACUUAUGCUCCAGUGGUUCCCGUUGUGAAGCAUGUGGCUCCCGUUGUUCCAGUGGUCAAGCAUGUUGCCCCAGUGGUGCCCGUUGUGAAGACCGUGCCGGUGGUGCACCACCAGACCUAUGUGGCUCCCGCUGUCCACCAUGUUGCCGCCGUUCCCGUGGUGAAGGCCCUGCCCCAUGCCGUCUCCCACCAGAGCCACACCCAGGUGCACCACCAGAAGACCUUCAUCACCCCGGUGGUUGCUCCCGUUCCGGUGGUGAAGACUGUCGUCGCCGCUGCCCCACUGGCCCAUGUCUACCACCACUAA